AUGAAAAUAAUCCUAGAACAGUAUAAAGUCGACAGAACAGCGUCGAAUGAGUUGUUGCAUAUUUUGACGCAGACUACUAUUUAUUUUACGUAUUAUUUUCAUCAUACUAUUUUAGUACACCGUGAUCGAGAAGAAUAUUUGGAAUUGAUUAAAAGAACUGGUCGAAUUCCUAGCAAGUUUAUACAAACAAAGAACUAUAAGCCACGCAAACUUCAAAAGUUUCGGAUAACAUCAAGAAAAAUUGUUAGUUCGGGUCUGUUGCAAAUAAAUAUGUCGGCUGUUGAACAGAUCAAUGCUAAUCCUGUCGGUCGAACCUCAAUGACGAGCGCAACUGCACGUGCCAAUGAAUCCCUUCGACCGAAUGCACUUUUUCGGGAUCCCUUUGCUCGAAUAUAUGCAGGUCAGAGUCUAUCACGACAGAUAUUGCUAUUGUCAGUACCGGAAAAUUCGACACCUGUAGCAUUCUAUCUAUUGGAUGUACCAGAAGUUCUCGCUUAUCGACAAAAAUGUUUUGAAAAACUCGAGUCUUCCCUGCCGAAGGUAAAUCGUUCAGUUGCCGAAAUUGCUUGCAAUUUAGUCAAUGACGAAUGGCCAGCAGAAUUACUUCACCAUGGAUUCAAGCCUGAUCAACCGACAUUUUGGCUUGCCGAAGGCCUGUUCCACUAUCUUACCAAACAAGAUAUUCAAAAGCUUCUUGAACGUAUUCAGAAGCUCUCAGCGAAGAAUUCCUGCAUUACGUUCGAUCUUGUAUCGCCUCGAUUACUCGAAUUGCUGCCUAUAAUCAAGUUUGCACUCGAUGAUGAGCAAGAAAUACGUCGAAUUUUCCAUGAAUUCAACUGUGAAGAUAUAGAAUGUAUGUCAUUUGAAAACAUCGGUCUCACAUAUAGACGAACAGUUUCACGUGAUCGAACAUUUAUUGUCACCGCUAAAUUAUUCAAUCAAUAUAGUCAUCUAAGCAAUUAA